AUGGGAGAUUCACAAGCAGCCGAUAUCGAGAAAGCUAAGGGCAAUGCCCUCUACAAACAGCGCAAAUUUGAUGACGCCAUAGAGUGCUAUAACAAAGCCAUCGAGCUGCAGCCAAACGACCUGACCUAUUACAACAAUAAGGCAGCAGUCUUGGUUGAACAGGAGAAGUACGAGGAGUGCAUCAAGCUGCUACAGGACGUGCUAGCCAAGCGGUACGACAUGAAUGAUGCGCUCAAGGACGGUGCUUCCUUCGAGAAGUGCGCCAAGGCUUACGUUAGAAUGGCUACAUGCUUCACGCGGAUGAACAAGUUCGACGAUGCUAUUGAGAUGUACCAGAAGGCCCUUACUGAGGACAACAAUCGUCACACUCGUACGGCCCUUAGCGAGUGCAAGCAUAUGAAGGAGAAGUUCGAGAGAGAGGCCUACAUUAACCCCGAAUUGGCUGAUGAGCAUCGUAUGAAGGGAAACGAGUGCUUCAAGGCUGCUGACUACGCAGGUGCUAAGAAGGAAUACGACGAGGCUAUCAAACGUAAUCCGAGUGAUGCCAAAUUGUAUUCCAACCGAGCCGCGGCCCUCACCAAGCUCAUGGCCUAUCCUGAUGCCCUCCGAGAUCUUGAUGAUUGCCUCAAGCUCGAUCCCAAGUUCGUGAAGGCGUACAGUCGGAAGGGAACAGUGCACUUCAUGAUGAAGGAUUAUAAGAAGGCACUUGAAGAUUACGAGAAGGGCUUGGAGAUCGAUCCAACUCAUAAGGAGCUCCUUGAUGGCAAGGCGGCAGUUAUUGCUAAGGUGAACGAGCAGGCGAGGUCAAAGGGGGCGCCUGAUCCGGAGACGGUGAGGCAUGCCAUGCAGGAUCCAGAGGUGCAGAGGAUUCUGGCGGACCCUCAAAUGAACAUAGUACUCCAACAGAUGCAGGAGAACCCACAGAAGGCCAUGGAGUACAUGAAGGAUCCCAAGAUUGCUAACGCGUUAGAGAAGCUAAUUGCGUCGGGUAUUGUUCGUAUGGGUUGA